UGCUUUCCUUUUUUUUUCUUUUCCAAGCCGGAAGGGUUCAAAAGAGAUUGUGUGCUUCAGAAGUUCAAUUUGAUUUAUAAGUUCAAUUUUCAUCGGAAGUUUCCUGCUAAACGUGCUCCGUAGUGUUUAGCAGGUGCUGUCUUUGUAGCGAGUGCGCGGCUGUCAAGGGCCAAGUGAGCGAUUCGGUGAAAUCGCUUCAGCAGUAACCGACCAACUGAGUGGAUUGGAGUAGGGUGGACCGCUCAAUUUCAUUUGUCGUGAGAGUUGUUAUCUCCACGGUCCAGGUGCUUUCUCUUGGUUCAGCGAUUCGCGAAAAAUUGACGUUUGCAAGUGCGUCACGGUCGUGAAAGCAACAGUUUUAACACAACCAUGGUCGAGAAAAAAUUAGAGUCCAAGAUGGCAGCCGUUGAUGUAGCUAAAGCUGCUGAGAAUCUGCGAAACCUGAAACUCUCAGGCCAUGUUGGAUUCGAUAGUUUACCGGACCAGUUGGUGAACAAAUCCGUUCAACAAGGUUUCAUUUUCAACAUCCUCUGUAUUGGUGAAACUGGACUUGGAAAAUCCACUCUGGUGGAUUCUCUGUUUAACACCAACUUCGACUCUUCUCCAGCACCACACACCUUACCCAGUGUUAAAUUGAAGUCUCACACAUAUGAACUACAAGAAAGCAGCGUCCGACUCAAGCUGACCAUUGUUGAUACUGUUGGGUACGGUGACCAAAUUAACAAAGAAGACAGCUUUAAAUCCAUUGUGGACUACAUUGAUGCCCAGUUUGAGGCGUACCUGCAAGAGGAAUUAAAAAUCAAACGAUCCCUUUCAAUGUACCAUGACACAAGAACUCAUGUGUGCCUCUACUUCAUCUGUCCCACAGGUCAUGGAUUGAAGUCAAUUGACCUUGUUUGUAUGAAACAGCUGGAUACCAAAGUCAACAUCAUCCCAAUAAUAGCGAAAGCAGACACCAUCUCCAAAACAGAAUUGCAGAAAUUCAAGGCUAAAAUCAUUCAGGAGUUGAACGCAAAUGGAGUUCGCCUGUACAAGUUCCCAACAGAUGAUGAGUCUGUAUCUGAAGUAAACUCUCAGAUGAAUUCUCAUGUGCCGUUUGCUGUUGUUGGUAGCAGCGAUUUUGUCCGAGUUGGCAACAAGAUGACACGAGCCAGACAAUACCCAUGGGGAACUGUCGAAGUUGAAAAUGAAGCCCAUUGCGACUUUAAGAAAUUGCGUGAAAUGCUAAUCCGCACUAAUAUGGAGGACAUGCGCGAAAAGACCCACACCCAACACUACGAGCUUUAUCGCAAAAAGCGACUUGAACAGAUGGGUUUCAGCGACGUAGACUCAGAGAAUAAGCCUGUGAGUUUCCAGGAGUCUUUCCAAAACAAACGAUCAAAUCACUUGCAAGAGCUCCAAAAACAAGAAGAUGAAAUGCGCCAGCUCUUCAUCGUCCGUGUCAAGGAAAAGGAGGCAGAGAUCAAAGAAGCUGAAGCUGAUUUGCAGGCCAAGUUUGAGCGCCUGAAGCGCGAACAUGCUGAAGAGAAACGGAAGCUGGAAGACUCCCGACGACAACUUGAAGAGGACAUCAUCGAGUUCAACAGACGCAAGCAACAGUUCGCGACUUUGGGGAACAGUCACACCCUGACAUUGGGCAAGAGCAAAAAGAAAUAAUAUUACAGCUUGGACUUGUGCCAACUCAUCACCAGUCUGUUUGUUGCCCCAAACGAGGCAACGGAGUGCUGAUCAAGGAAUCUGUACUAUUAGCCUGAAUUUUGAGCAGAUUUUUUUAUAAUGCUCUAAAAUAUAUAUCCAAUACUCAAG